AUGGUAUACUCAACAAACCACAGGCUCCAGACCGUCAACACGAGGGAAAUUCUGUGCCGUGGCUUCUUCUACGGCGGCCGUAGCAUCAACAGGGACAGCAUCUCUGGCGAGGUCUACGUUCUUAGCUUGCCUGGGUUCGUCUUCUUCAAGACAGCAGGCUCGUCUGUCCCUCGGGCAGACCACACGUGCGUCGUCGUAGCCGGCGGAGGCCGCCAGAUGCUUUCCAUUGGCGGGACAGACGGGUCCCUAGGCUUCCCCAAGUCACUGACCAACCCAGACCCCUGGAAGCUUGGGCUGGCCAUCUUUGACAUGACGGAGUUGCGUUGGUCCGACCGGUACGAUUCCCAGGCGCAACCGUACGAGUCGCCGAAUGUGGUAAAGCAGUGGUACGCCCAAGGUGAACUAGACUCAGUCGUGUGGACGAGUGAAGAGGUGAGGGCCUUAUUUUCUACGCUAGCGGCGCCCGACAACUCGACCUCGGAUCCCUCACCUACAGGAGAAUCCAGCGCAACAUCGACUGCGCAAGCUUCUCAGUCGUCCAAACCGCCCACUGGUACCAUCGUAGGCGCCGCUGUUGGCGGUGUUGCAGGCCUCGUCCUCGUAGCCUGCCUAGCAGUGUUCCUCCUGAGAAGGCAGAAACGAUACCAGGCGGCACCACAGCAGGAGGCCGGCAGCGGGCACUUUGAAGCCAAGGGGCCGGCUGGGGCCAAUGCGCUCCACGAGGUACAUACUGACCACUUCAACCCCGUCGAGUUACCUGCAGAACACGGCGCUGCGGAGCUUAGCUCCGCGCAUGGUGUGCAUGAACUCGAACAGCCAACGGCAAGACCUUUUCCCAGGUAG